AUGAGUCAUAAUAAAUAUUCUAAAUUGAAAACUAACAUUGAUGAUGAAGAGGACUACAAUCCCUUUGAAGAUCAGUUAGGUAGUGAAGUUGAUCACACUAGUGGUAAUAAAUAUAACAAAAUCGAGAAUGAUUUAAAUGACGAUGAUUUUUUAUUUGAUGAUGACAAUGACAUUACUAGCAAGAAUUUGGACACUAAUGUUAGUAAUACUACCACCCCUGUGGUGUUGAUUCAACCACCAGCUAUAUCUGCUGAUACAUCUUCCACAACCAAUGCUUCCGGUGCUAUUUCUGGAAGCGCGAAAUACUUUAACAAUAUUACCACGGAAUUACUAAAAAAUAGAAUUAAAUCCACUCUACUUUUAAAGCGUAAUAAUAUUUUUAACCUUGAAGAAAAUGGUGUUGCUGGCGGCAGUGAGACGGUUAGUAGUAACAUCAUUGAACUAUAUGGUCCUUUAUGGAUUUCUUUCACUGUUUUGGUUCUCUCAUUUAUAUUCAAGACUUUCCCAGACAUUGUACCCAGCGAUAACACAACUACAUUAGCCAAUUUUCUUUACACUGGGAUAUCCAUAUUUUGUUAUGAGGUUUUACUAUCUUUUUUUUUAUCAUUUUGGAAGAUAGGAGAUGAAAGUGGUAGUAACAGAUUCAAUAAUUGGGUGAAAUUGAUCAACAUUGUAGGAUAUUCCUUGCUCUGCUGGAUUCCAAUCAUUUUAAUCAAGUUCAUUGUAGUGAAUAUUAUAUUACAAAUUAUUGGUGUUAUGCAUGGUGAUGGUACUAGCGUUACUAUUAAUAGAGUUAAAUUUAUAUUCAAUUGGAUUAUUAUAAUAUUAGGUGGUGUUUAUAGCUGGGGGUAUUUGAACUUACAAUUAUUGUCAAAUCCAAAGUACAAAAAAUUAUUUGUUGUAUAUUCACUAAUUCAUGUGUUAUUUGUGUUGUUAAUGAGAAAAUAUAUGAUUUAA